CCGCCGGCGGUUGCGAACCUGCCGCCGUGCGCGGCCCGCCGGGCGCCGCGGCCUGCGGGCGGCCGCUGGUUGGCGGCGGGGGGACACGUGAGGGGGGAGGCGGCAGCGGCGGCAGGAGUUUCCCCGACAGCUGGAGGUGGCGGCGGCGGCGGCGGCUCCUCCUCCUCCCCGGGUCCCCGCUAGAGCCCAGAGACCCCCCGCGCUCCUCCUUAUUGACAAACACACAAAGGGCCGCGCCGGGGACGCGUCUGGAGCCGGCAUGGGAGACAAGAAGAGCCCGACCAGGCCGAAGCGGCAGCCGAAACCCUCUUCGGACGAGGGCUACUGGGACUGCAGCGUCUGCACCUUCCGCAACAGCGCCGAGGCCUUCAAGUGCAUGAUGUGCGACGUGAGGAAGGGCACCUCCACACGGAAACCUCGACCUGUCUCUCAGCUGGUUGCACAACAGGUUCCUCAGCAAUUCGUGCCCCCUACACAAUCAAAGAAAGAGAAAAAAGACAAAGUAGAAAAGGAAAAAAGUGAAAAGGAAGCAACAAGCAAAAAGAACAGUCAUAAGAAAACCAGGCCAAGAUUGAAAAAUGUGGAUCGAAGUAGUGCUCAGCAUUUGGAAGUUACCGUUGGGGAUCUGACAGUCAUAAUUACAGACUUUAAGGAGAAAACUAAGUCACCACCUGCUUCCAGUGCUGCUUCUGCAGAUCAACACAGUCAGAGUGGUUCUAGCUCUGACAACACAGAGAGGGGAAUGUCCAGGUCAUCUUCACCCAGAGGAGAAGCAUCAUCACUGAAUGGGGAAUCUCAUUAAAGUUUAUUUCCUCCAGUUUCUUUAGUCUCUUCUCUUCAAAACAUGCAAAUACAUAACUUCUGUCACCUGUUACCACAUUUUCAUGACAGAUUAUUCAUGCACAAUUGGUAUGUUGACUGGAACAUAAUUUGUGUAGUUUUAAAAAAAGUUCAUUGGUAGAAACAAUAAUUUAAAUGCAAUCUACAAAUGCUUACAAAGCAUUUUCAGACCAACUUUUUAAUCUUCAUGUGUAAAGGUGCCAUGAAAAUGUGGUUUGAAUGUUCAUUAUGCAGUGUUAUUGGUAAGUCCAUUUUCACUUUUAGUUUAGUGAAUUCUAACACAACUCUUGGAGUCUCUACUAUUGGCAUGUACUGAAUUUAAAUUUUUAUAACAUAGUUCAAGCUGCCUAAAUAUGUAUUACUUGAGAAUUGUGAAACAGUUAUAUGUAUGCAAGUCAAAGAUCAACUUAAUCAACUAUUGCUGCAACAGAAUUUUCAUAAUAAUUAUCUUCUUAAAAACACCUGCUGGUACUUGGUGUGGUUAAAUAGGAAAAAUGUUGUUAAAUAAAACAUUUGUAUGAAUUUUUGCCAAUGUUUGACACAUUUUACUAGAUUACUGUUACUGAAUUAUGUUGAUGGUUUUACCAAUAUUUUUUCACACUUAAAACACUUAUUGUAAUGUUUACGAGCAAAAUAGAAAACGCAUUCUAAGCAUUGAUUGGUUAACCUUAUGAUUCAGGUGAAGUACUACAUUGUCACUGUACACUGGUGUUCUAUGUUGUAUAACAAAUAUUGAACCACAGAUAACACAUUUGACAAAAACUAAGAUUUGGAAAUAUGAAAGUUUGGAAAAGCUUUAAAAAUAACAGAAGUGCAGUUCUCAUUUCUGCUUAGUGCUGUUUUCUUGCCCCAAAUUUAUCUAGUGUCAUAUAGUCACUUCAUCAUUUCAUUACAGGAAUAUCAGAUGUUGCACAAGAAUAAGGAAAUAACAAUACUAUUUUUUUUUUGUUCCUGAAUCGAUUUCUUUAACAUCGAUUUGGCCUAUUAGAAUAUAUUAUGUCAUAAAUCAUAUGAAAAAGUCAGUUACCUACUUUAUGGCAUAAACUGUCAACACUUACACACUUAGCAAUAUACUGAUACAGAGCAGAACUAUUUACAAUCCCAUCUGGUAUUAUGUAAAAUUACCAAUAAAAUAUUUUUGUGAAUACAGAUUUUUGCAUUUUUGUUUACAACCAAUAAGUGUUUUGAUACACACAUACAGUCCAUGUAUAGAUUUUAAAUUAUAGAUUCAGGUUCAGUGCAAAAGUCCAUUUAGUUCCUUUUAGUGAGGUAGUCCACUUACACUCCUGAGAUUCUUUUCUUUUUCAUUCAACGUAAAUAUAUUUUUAAGCCCAUGUAAAAUUUGGAUGGACCUUCUUGGUAGUGAAUCCAGCCCCAAAUUAUUACCAACAUACCAUAGGUAUGUCUUCUUAAACAGCUAAAACAAUGGAUUUUUGUAGCCCCUGACAAUUGUGAUGUUUAGUGGUUUCUUGUAGUAAUGUAUUUUUCUGUUUUUAAUGCAGUACUUCUACAGGCACAAUGGUACUGUUCUAUUUUGUAAGAUGCUGUUGUGAAAUACAAUGUUAGUUGCAUAAAAUGAAAGUCUGAUGUGAUAUCUGAGAACAUACAUACCUCAUUCCUUGGUGUUGCUGUUUAAACUUUUUAGACAUCAAAUGUUAAUUAUAGGCUAUUUCAGAUGGAUAACUACUGACCUGUUUAUUAUGUGUUCUGCUUUAUCUUUCUAAAUAGGAUGUCUGUUCAUUGCCGUCACCUGGCCAAAUCUUAGUAUCUGUAAACCAAUGCAUUUUAAGGUUCUUAAAUGUUUUUGGGGCUGGGCUGGUGUUCAGAAUAACAUACACUAGUUUUUAAAAGAAAAAUACAUGCUUCUCAACUUUAUUUUUUUAUAUUUUAUUUUUAGGUGGAACUAUUUGCAGAAUGUACUGAUGUAAUGGAUUACAAGAGAGCUGAAACUGUUUAAAGCAAGCAGUUUAAUGAUAGCAAAUCUCAUUGCAAGAUGUUUUACGAAAUGUGUUUCUAAUACAAAAUGUAAUGAAUGCUAACACAUUUCAUAAUUCCUUGCAAACAAAUAAUAAUCUAUUACCAGUAGUUCACUAAAUGAGAAACGUAUUUUUAUUUAACUUUAUGUGAAUAAACCACCCAGCACUGCCAACAAGAGGCCUCUUUGUAUCUUCAGAAGUAAGUAGCCAUUUGGUUUGGAUGGAAGGAAGGGAGGAUGGAGUGGAUUUUACUAUGAUACAACUGUUUCUGGAGGAUAAUCUCAAACAUGUGGUACAAGUAUGGUUAUAAUCAAAAAGAAUGCAGAAAAGUCUCACUGUUCUUUAUGGAAUAAGACAUAGAAAAGCAAUUUCUAACCACAGAUACAACACAAGUCAGCUAGGAUCUAAAAACUGAGCUGUGGUGGUUUUAACUGAACUGUUACGUUGCCAGUGUUUACAUUGCAGUGAUGCCUGUUUUGGCAUUAAACAAAGUUAAGAUAAUUUUUGCCUGUUUGUGAUUAAAGGGAUGUGACAGUACUGACAGCAGAGUAGACAAAUUUGAAGUAGAACGUGGCAUUUGACUCUGUUCUUAAUGUUAUAAUUUAAAUGAACUUCACUUUCAUAAUUUCUAAAUAAUUUCGACUUGUGGUAAUCCUAAAUCCUUUUUCUAACUGUAAAUAUAUUUAAAAGCAUCUUUACUGCAUUUAUAAAAAGUGAAAAUUUAAUGUUGUAAUGUGUUUUGAUUAGCUAUUUUUCUCGGUGGCUGCUCUCUGCAUAAGAACUGUUAUUUGUUAAAUCUAUAUAUGCACCAGUCUUCAACAGCCAUACAUCCUGAGUUGUUCCUGAAAUGGUGACCCAACAAAGACAAGUGUGAUAGGGCUCAAUGUAAAUGAGUUCCUUUAUGUGCUGAUUGGUUGUCCAGUUUCAGAAAGGAAAAGGGGGGAGAAAUGGGGGAAAACGAAGUAUAAAUAGUUCAUUGAUAAAGUGUACAAUAAUUCAGUCUCUUUCUAACUUUGCGACUGAUUAUAGGUAGUAUAAGGAAAAAAACAAAUACACACUUGUAGACUCUGAUCCUGGUUUUUCUGCGUUUAAGUCUAUAUAUUGGAGAUAAACAAAAGCUGUUAUACUUAACAGCGAGUUAAAUUAUGCCAUAUAAAAUCUUGAUUCUAACAGAUGCAGUAGUAAAAAAAAUAAAUUAAUUAAAAAUUUAAAAAUUCUUGAUAUUAAAAGUCUUGAGAUUAAGACUAUUACUGAAGUUUUAACCUAUUAUAUGUUUCUCUAGAUAUUUGCUGUUUUGGGGCAUAGAUUGUAAAAUCUCAAAAAUUGUUUGAUUUUAUAAUUUGUGCACUUUACUCUUUUUUAAUAUUACAAAUAGCACAUUUUUAGAUAGCCAUGUAAGAUAGAAUACUUUUUAUAAUUUGUUUUUACCAGUUCACUGUAGUGUUCAGGCAGGUCUUCUAAACUUCAGACAAGUGUAUGGCUCAACAUCUUAAAAUAUUUAAUUUAGAUGCAUCUUAGAUUCUUUAUUUUUUUUCUCCUGUGUCGGAAGCCUAACAGUUUCCCACAGUAUGCUGAUUUACUAUACUUUUAUUAUAUAGGAUGGAUUUGGCAUGGAACUGUCUGUUGUGUACUUUUUGUGUACAUCCAGGUUUCUUUAACUGUAUCUGCUUGGUUUUUUUCUGUCACAUGCCUUUAUUUGACUCUGCUCCCUACUAGGGAGUCUGGAUUUACUUCCUUUCAAAUAUCAGAAACUAUAUGGAAAGAGAAAUGCAAUUUAAUUUAUCCAAAGGCAGCAGCAAGUGCUGUAUGGGUAGUAAAUUUGGCCUGUGCUUACUCAGGAAUAAGAUAGGUAAGAUAAAAACUUAAUGCUGGUUUUGGCUAGUGGACCGGUCAAAUAUGGUAUUUUGCAAAUGUGUACUUCUAUCUUAAUGUUAGGAUUUGGGUGUGCUGGAAAUACAAUUUGAGCCUUCAAAGGCUUUUCUUACCUGAAAUUAUGCCCUGAUUUAUGUCAAAGCAGUCUCAAUUUGAAAGGGUAUAACUUCACAAACUAGCAAAAGCUGUACAGUAAAAUCAGUCAAACUGAGGGAGCUCAGUUGGUUUUCUUUCUUGCUGUCCAAGUUUUAAUAAGAGGAAAUACUGUUAAAAGAUACCCAAGAGAUUUGUCUAAGGCAACAAUCAGAUACUGAGCAUACAGAUACUUAGUUUGACAUCUAAAGAACCACCCGUGUUUUAAUAAGGAUUAACAGGAUUUAACUACUAAAUUAAAAUCAGAAAAGUGCUUCGCAAGUUAAUUACAAAUCAGUGCUUCACAGAAAUUAAUGUAACUUCCUGUCUAGAAUGGAGUAAAUGGUGCAACAGCAGCAGGUACUGCACACUUGCUACUAAAUGGUAUUAUCCAACAGCAAGGGAUGUUGAAGUGACUUUGCUAAGACGUUACACAAGAUUGUGAUAUGUCUGUGAGGAAGGCCUAGGGGUUCAGGUGUCAGCCCCCACCCUGCCUAAACUAAUACCAUUGGUUUCAAACAGUGAAAGAAAAUGCAGUGAACAAAUAAAGUAGUUUCACAUCCUAGAGUCUUAGUAAUGCAGGGGCUGUUUACAGAUUUUGUUUAACUGUAUUGAUGAAAAUUAAUUCAAAUGAACCACCACUGUGUAAUACUUAAUCCCUUGGGAGAUGUUUUCAAUCUUAAUUUUGCUCCUUUUAUUAUGGGAAACAGAUAAAAGUCGUCUGAAGGAACUUGCUCUGUCCACUGACACAGAGGAUUUUAAGAGCAGACAGUAGACUUGAGAGGUGGUGUUAGCAGUGCUGUUUGAUUUUUACUGUUGUUUAACGGGCACAGGAAGUUGUAGCUGUACUUCCAAGGAGUUAAAUGUGGAAGAUGGAGGGCAAAAGUAUAUUCCACAUCUUAAAUGAGUAUUACUAAGAAUGAUCACAAAAGAUUGCUGUACCAUUUUGGGGUUGUAAAAGACAAAAUGAUAACAUCUAAUCUCUCUUUGUCCCAUAUGCUUAAAAAGAAAAUUACCACCAGAAAAAACACUAUUCCAGUAACAGUAAUUUAAAGAAUAGUUCCAAAAUUUUUAUUAUUUUGUGGAAAGUAUGGCCUAUCUUGACAGAGGUAGGAAUAUCUGAGCAAGAAGCCCUUCAGGACUACAUUUUCAUGAUCUGGGCCACCUGGAAAUGUGUAAUCUUCAAUUACACUGUUCUCUGUGUAUAAACAUUGAUCUUAGUCAAAGUGCUUUUAAAGUGAACAACCUCCCUUAAACUUGAAGAUUUUAAAACGUGCGGCUUUAGAUCAAUGGCACUCUAAUUUACAGUGGAGUUAUUGAGAGCACAACUAAGGAAAAGAGACUAUUAAUCCAUCUUUUGGAUCUGUUCAUAAUUUUCCUCUUCUGUAUGAAGAAGCAAAAGGAUACAGAAGAAGGAAAUAUAUAUAACCAGGGCUAAUGAAAUUUGGCUCUUUACCCCCUUCCCAAGCUCACUAGAUUCUACAGACUACAAAUUCUGUUUGGUUCAGAGGCAGUCGCAGGUGCUUGAUCACUAGAAAAGGAUGGAGUUGCUCAAUCACUUAGCAUCUUUGUUAAGAUGAGUGGUCAGGCCGAUUCUACUUUCUGAAUCCCCACUUUGGGAAUACAGAGAUCUAAUUUGCUAUUUAUAUGCAUCUAAUAUAUAACUACCAUCCAUGAACAAUCUAUUUCAAGCUGAUCCUUCUUUGCAGAGAAUAAAUCAAAAUGCUUCAAUACCAAGCUCAGUUUCUGACAGCACAGAUCUCUGAGCAAGAAAAUCAGCCAUCUGACUGAUCAUCUCUUACUGUAACAGCCUUCAGCUAUGAAUUAAUCUCAACAAGGGAAAUCUCUUGAGGUUACAUGUAUUUAUUGAGUAUCACUACCCCAACCUCUGAAAGAAACACAUUCUGAUUCCUUCUUUUAAAGUACAUCUAUAGUGUAAGUGGAUGCAGUGAGUUUGAAAUAAUUUAUUAUGCUUGCUUUUGUAAGUGAGGAAUUUGACUGCUAUUGCCAGUUCUUCAGCUAUAUUUUGGUUUCUGUAAGAUGACCGUAUCAAUGGUACGAGUAGCUUAGAGGUCAUUAUCAGUUUUCUCACUGUUGUCCUUGUUUCUGUAUAAUUGAUGUACCGAGCAGAUUCUUGCUUAGCAAACUUACACCGAUCCUGUACCAUUCAAGCAUUCUGGCUUGAGGUAGCUGGCGUUCUGGGAUGCCAAUUACUGGUCUUCAUAUCUGCAUUUCUGCAAAUGGUCUGAUUCUAUUGCUGGGAGGCUUCCAAACGUGUCGAAAUAAUCAAAAUGCUUUCCAACUGAUGCAGGCAUAAUGUUGCUGAGUAACUUGCAGUACCUGGAGGGUUUUUGAAAGGUGCAAGAAAACACUGUCAGGGCCAGCUGGAGAAGGAGAUCGGAGCAUGCACAGAUACAGAGUGCUUUCUCAGCUUCUCAGCUUUGCUACAGAAAUUGAGUAGGCAGCUUCUGUUUCUCAAAUGUCAAACACCUUCAGAAAUCUCAGCCCAGCAAAAAGACAGAGGAUGGGGGGGUUGCAGGGAGGAAAGAACAAAGAAAAUGUAUUUUCAGAAUAAUACCUAGAAAAGCCACUAUAUAAUGGCUUCUUUGUGUGUUUAGUAUUCCUUUCUCUGUGUACUCUAUUGGAAGUAGGCAGCAUCCACACUUCUUACAGGUGUGUGUUGCUUUAUAAUUCUUGAUACCUGUUGGUUCAGUGACUUUUGGCCUAAAGGUAGAUGUAGGGUUUUGUGAAUUUAAUAGUAAAUACCAUUAACUUUUUGCUCUUGGAUACAGGUCCUUUAUUGAAAGGGCAGAAGUUUUGAUUAAAGAACUAGUCAGGAAAAAAAUUCCUCUUGUACAUUUAGAUGCUACCCAAUUUUUUCAGGACUACUAGAAAAAGAAUAACUUUAUAGAAGAAGAAUAACUUUAUGUUGAAAGGGUAAUAAGAACCCAGACUAGAAUGGAUGUGGCUUCUGAAGAGUUUUGUGGCCAGUAGUUCUGAAGAGUUUUGUGGCUGUUUUCAGUGAUUAUUCCACACCUUAGCCCGUUAAUCUUGACGCAUUGGUAGGGCAUCCUCACAAACAAAUCCAGACUACCAAUAGCACUGUCAGAUGCUCUUAAAAUUUACUAAGUGCCUUAUACAGAGCAUCACUGAGGCAAUGAUUCAAUUGAAAGGAAGUUUGAUAAAAGAUUUACUCCUCUGGAUGGAGUCACAGGUUAUCAGUUGUAACCAAGGUGAUGUUCCUGGUUAUAACACACAAGUCUUAUAUUUUACUGCUGAUACAAGUACCUAAGAAGAAACAGUUAAGAAAUUUCUGAGGCUUUCAGUUUGUAAAGCAUACAUUAUUUGGAGGAGAGUUUUUUCUUCCAGUCAGCUGUGAUAGCCUACUGGAAUAUCACAGAAGCGAAUAAAACUUUGGAGUAUUUCUGGAUGCUUUCACACUUCUCAGUUUCUUGAUCAAGGACAGUAUUCCCUUUCUUGGGAAGGGGUACAUAAGUUGGUUUUAUUCAUUGGGUUUAUGUUUAUCCAACAGUAGUUUUUAAGGAUUUUAUUGUCAGAAAAAGGGCUUGUUAUUUUGAAAAUAAAACUCUUACCUGCAAGGUGUCUUCCCCAAAAUGAGUAAGUGCCUUUUCUGUUCUGACUCCUAGAAGUGUUUAUUUUGUCAGAUUGAAACUGAAUGUCCUACAUAAACCAACUAUUGAGUAUUGAGUGUUACCAAUGGCUUGAAAUCCUUUCACUGAAAGAGUAAGAGACAGAAUGUAAGCCACUUGAAUUAUUUUGAGACCUGAUGUUAUCAGAAGUUUUAUAACCGCUAUGAGUAGUAUACUUCUAAGAACAAUGUAACUUUUCAGGAACUUGAUGUUGAUAUGAAAUAAAUAUUUAUUAAAAGAAGUAUAUUAAAUAAAUGUAAGUAAGAGAAAAUGUUACACCAUGGGGGCAACAGUCUUGCUGUUAGCAGUCCUGACUACUUAAUGGAAAGUAAAACUGAGACCCUGAACUCUGACUGUAAAAGAACAGGCGUUUGGUGAGAUAUUGGGACUGUGAAUCUUAGGUCCACAUUCUAAUAAAGUAAUUCUUCCUACGUAAGUUUUUACCAAUUCUCAAGCAGAAAAGAAAGCAUGAGCAGAUAUUGUUAAGAGGCCCUCUGGUUUUAUUGGUGCUGCUUCUUAUCUCUAGAGGAAUUUUUUUUUUUUUUUAAACUUUGCUCAGGACUGGUACAGCUGAAAGUAUAUUUUCCCUUCAUUCUUAAGCCUAGACUUUGAAUGGAGUUUCUCUGAGACAAUUUUGUAGUGAAAUCGUAUUCCCUACAAACAUUGAAGACAAAAAUAAACAUCUCCGUGAACAAAA